GGCAACUUUGGCAUCUAGAUGACAUUUUGGCAAAAGGGAAAAUUUAUCCAAUCUGGACUUCGCACAAGUCACACACACCUUGAAGUUUGAGCCCAUCUCUUGCUACUUGCUAGUCCUGUCCCUCUGCAAAGUCAACCUCAGCCCUUUUUCUAUGUACCAUUCCAUUGUUUCUCUACCGCAUGUGUCUCUUUCACCCAUUUCCCCACACUUUUGCUGCACAGUGAAUUUCUCAAUUUAACUAUACCAUUAUUAUUGGUGUGGGGGCUUUUAAAGUUUAAACCUUUUUUCCCUCGUUUUUACUACCAUGUUGUCUGGUAGAGCCGGAGAAACAUUUGACAAAGACUAGGUAGCAGAAGAAAGAAGAUUGAUGAAGAACAAAGAACUAACAUGGUAAUUUGAGCCCAGGGUCGUCGGUGUGUCAGUGAAAGAAGCAGAUGGGAAGGUACAGUUUUGUCGGUGGGAGUGGGAGGGACAGGGACGAGCUUUCAUUGAGGUCUCAGAGGCUCAUAGAGGCUGCUCUAGGUGGGGACUUGGAGUGUGUGACAGAGUGUUUGGCAUUGGAGGCUGUGGACGUGAACUAUAUUGGGACAGUUAGCUUGAGAGUCAAGUGCAUUGAGACUGUGCUGAGAGAGGAAGAGGCCGAUGAGGUUGAGAUUGAGUAUAGGGACUUUGUCACCGAUGUCACUCCGCUCUUUGCUGCUGCUCAUUCGGGUCAUGUUGAUAUUGCCCGGAAGCUCCUGUCAACUGGAGCUGAUGUAAACCAGGAGUUAUUUCGGGGCUUUGCAACCACUGCUGCAGCUCGUGAAGGUCACUGUGUCCUCCUCGAUAUGCUUCUUAAGGCAGGUGCAUCUCAAUCAGCUUGUGAAGGUGCCUUUCUGGAGGCCUGUCUUUAUGGUCAGGCUGAAGCUGCAGAGUUGCUGAUAUGUUCAGAGAUGAUGGGUCCUGAUGUGGCCAAACAUGCUCUUGUAUCUGCAAGCUGCAGAGGAUUUGUUGAUGUAGUGACUGCCUUAGUUAAGAAUGGAGUGGACAUAGAUUGCAUGGAUAGGGUUCUCUUGCGCUCAGUUAAGCCUGCAUUGCAUGCUAAUGUAGACUGCACACCGUUGGUGGCUGCAAUUGUGAGCCGACAAGUGCCCGUGGUUAAAUUCUUGUUGGAGGCAGGUGCAAAAACUGAUUGCCAUGUCAGGCUGGGAGCUUGGUCAUGGGAUAUCUUUUCUGGAGAGGAGUUAAGAGUGGGUGCAUGCUUGGGUGAGCCAUAUAAUGAAGUUUGGUGUGCAGUUGAGUAUUAUGAAGCAAGUGGACAAAUUUUAAACCUUUUGCUUCAGCACCAAAUUUCAUCCCUUGAAAGUCAACAACAGGGGAGAACCCUUCUUUGUCAUGCAAUCCUUUGUCAGAAUCCUGAUGCAGUUGGAGUGCUCCUUAAUGCUGGCGCUGAUGUUGAAUUUCCCAUAAGAACCAAGAAGGGACAUGAAUUUUAUGCUCUUCAUCUGGCUACUAGAAUGGGCUUCCUUCCCAUUUUAAAACAGCUGAUUUUGCAUGGUUGCCAAGUCAAUUCGAGGACUGAAAUUGGUGAUACUGCCUUGAUGGUGGCUGCCAAAUCUGAUCAGGCUGACUCUUUUUUGGAACUAAUAAUUUCAGGUGCUGAUUUGGGUCUGACGAACAAUUAUGGGGACACUGCACUGCAAUUGGCAAAGAGAAGUGUCUUCGGGUCCUCUUUAGUCAAUAUCCUUAAGCAGGCAAUUCAAACUGAAAAAAAGAUCUUCUCCAGCAAUCUUGAGGUAUUUUCUUCGCUGCACUUCGUUGCAGGAACUGGUAAUGUGGAGCUUCUACAAAUGGUCCUCCCAGAUUCUUCUGAAGAUAUUAGUAAGCAUGAUGGCUUAGGUUUGACACCUAUUCUGGUUGCGGUGAAGGCUGGACAUACUGAGGCCUUCCGUCUUCUUUUAAAUGCUGGAGCUGAUAUCAGUGUAAAGAGCAGGGAGGGGCAGACAAUUGGGUCUCUCUUGCAGCAUCAUCCCUUUGACGGUGCCAGGAUUCGGUUUGAGGAGAUAUUGCUUGAUGCUGUGCUUGCUAAUAAACUCAAAGGCUAUUUAGAAUUUAGAGCUAUACACUUUGCAGCACAAAUAGGAAAUUUGCCUGCAGUAGUUGAGCUCUUGAAAAUGGGAUUCUCUGUAAAUUCUUUGGAUGAAAAUGGGCAUUCACCUCUCAUGGUUGCAGCGAAGGAAGGCCAUGCUGAUGCCUGCAAGCUGUUACUACAAAGAGGUGCUGAUUGUGGUAUUGUCAACAGCAGCGGGGAGACAGCCUUAUCUCUGGCUAGGAAAGGCAGUAAUUGUAAGGAUGCAGAAGGUGUGAUAAUUGAUCACUUAGCUCGUUCUCAUGUGCUUCUAGGGGAGGAGCUCUGCAAGCAUACACGUGAGGGGAGAGGUUCUUCACACAUGAAGGUGGUUCGGAUGCUCAAAUCUGGCUUGUUGUCAUGGGGAAAAACUAGUCGGAGGAAUGUGGUGUGUAAGGAGGCUGUUGCAGGGCCAAGUGCACGCUUUUUAAAGAAUCAGAGGAACGGUACAGGGAAUGGAAACAAGUUAGUUUUUUGGGUACUGACUGAGACAGAGAGAGAGAUUCACUUUGAGGCAAGCUCUUAUGCUAAAUUGGAACUCUGGGUUCAUGGCAUUAAUCUCAUUGUAAAGGAGGCAACUUCUGGUGCUUGGUGACCAAAUUCUUCAGCUGGGACUUACCAAAAAAAGAAAUUUUCAGUUGAGAGUAAGACAUACUAAUUGAAUUAUAUACACAGAUAAGGCAAUAGAGUUUGUUAAUUUUUAGUGUGA